CCCCUGUCAGUUUGCUCGGAAGCCAGCCAGCGCCUGGACAACUCCAUCUUAUCCUGGCCUGCAUCUUCUUCUCGAUCUUCCAACGUCGUUGCCGUCGUGCUCCGUUCAUCUUUUUCGAGCAUAGCCCUACCACCCCAUAGUCUCGAAAGCCUAGGCUGCAUUUAUUUAAUCCGCCAUGGCGUCGAGCAAGGCGUCGAGGCUUGGGGAAGAGACGCGGAUGGACAAGGUCAAUGCCGAACUCGUUGUCCUCACAUACGGCGCUAUGGUCGCGCAACUUUGCAAAGACUUCGACAGCGACUAUGUUAAGGUCAACCAGCAACUCGACAAGAUGGGCUACAACAUUGGGUUACGUUUGAUCGAAGACUAUCUCGCCAAGUCGAAUACCUUCAAGCGCUGCUCCAACUUCCGAGAAACAGCAGAGAUGAUUGCGAAGGUGGGCUUCAAAAUAUUCCUCAAUAUCACACCCACGAUUACAAACUGGACGAGCGACGGCAAGCAGUUCUCGCUUGUCUUCGACGAGAACCCCUUCGCCGACUUCGUUGAGCUGCCCGACGAUGGCCGUGCCCAGGACGAGCUGUGGUAUUCCAACAUUCUUUGCGGUGUGCUUCGGGGGGCACUGGAGAUGGUCCAGAUGCAGGUGGAGGCCAAGUUCGUCAGCGACGUUCUGCGAGGUAACGACACGACUGAGAUGCGCAUCAGCCUGAUACGGUACAUCGACGACGAGCUGCCGCCAGAGGAUGACUAGGCGUUAUUCCGAGAAAAGGCGCUGCCUUAAUUUGUCGGUUUUUACGCAGAACGCAGGCAUCCAUCCAUCCAGCCCGAGGGUGUAACCGACCGGCGAUAUUGGCCAUAAGGAGAGCCAUUCAGGUCUUGACAGAGCGGUGGUCACCCUGGCACGCUGAAUGUCGGGACCCGGGGCAACACGCAGCGAUGCACAUACCCAAACGCGUCGACACCGGCACCAGCACCGCUUAGCAUGGGCCUGCCAAAUCGCGGCCCGGAGAGAACCGGCCUGUCGGGCCAGACCGGUUCUGAAACUUCAGGGUGAUAGUUGCCCUCAUAACAAACUAGACAAACCCUCGAGGCGGAAGCACAAUUGAUGUUUUUAUACCUUGU